AUGAGCCCGUGUGCCGUUGAGGAUGUGGCAGCUUGGCAGAAGGACUCAACCCCGGUGAAGGGCUGGUCUUCCGCAUCUAUGGAUGAACAAGAUGCUGUGUCAACGCUGGACUGCACUCCCAACUCCCAGAUAGUGCCAGACUUGCAUUUCCUACCACCCACUGCGGUCACAUCGAGUAUGCGUAAGCUGGGCCCGGACAGUGCCCAGCAGCGGCGGCUUGCACUGCGCGCACGUGACUCUGACUGGAAGAUCCGGCGCGAGGACCUGGAGAUCGGGAAGGAGCUCAGCCGCACUUUACAUAGCACCUUGUACAUGGCUGACUGGAAGGGCACCGCGGUCGUGGUCAAGUGUGCCGGGCUUCACGCCCGGGAGAUGUCGGAACGAAUGCGCAAAUCUGAGUCUCAGGCUGAAACGCUUGAGGCGCAGGGAGCUUCAGACAGCAUGGUGCAGGAUCUCCUGCAGGAAAUCCAGAUGCUCUCGCAGCUCCGGCAUCCGGACUUGGUCAUGUUCUUGGGUGCCUGCCUGGAGAAGCACCAACCUGUGAUGUGUGUCACGGAGUUCCUGCCUCAUGGCGACCUGGAUCGGUUCUAUUUUUUGCAGCGCAAGAGGCGAGAUGGUGCCAUCUGGCGCCCCUGCUUGAAGGAUGUGCUGGAAUGGUGUUCAGCCAUAGCAAGGGCCCUUAGCUUCCUGCACAACCGCGACGUGCCUGUGAUUCACCGAGACUUGAAGCCUAUGAACCUCUUUUUGACGGGCUGCCUGCAGCUCAAAGUCGGGGACUUGGGAAGCAGUAGACGGGCCACAAGGGAGGUCAUGGACGGGUUCAAAAUGACAGGAGGUCUUGGCACAUGGAGGUAUAUGGCGCCUGAAAUGGCGCGACACGAGCACUACAAUGAGAAGGUGGACAUUUACGCUUUCGGGCUCAUAAUGUACUUCAUGAGUUCGGGGCGGAUGCCCUUCCACCAGCGUGGCGCUGAUCCCAAGGUCAUCCUUGAUGAAUUCACUCGGGGAAAGAAACCCCGACCUACGCCAUCCGACUGCUAUGCCCAGCUCCGACCGGUAAUGGUCUCGGCAUGGCAGGAGGAUUUCCGGCUGCGACCCACAGCACAGGACUUGCUUACGACGUUCAACUCCGGCGCAUCCAAGAAGCCGACGUGUGGCUGUGGCCAAAUGUGA